AUGGAAGGAUCCAGCGGGUCGAGUUUUGGGAUAGACACUAUUUUAUCCAGCGCGUCUAACUCUGGCAACCCGGCGCUGAUGAACGGAGAUUUUCGCCUCGGCGACAGCAGGACCGCGGAUUUCAGGAGCCUGGCGACCCCGUCGCCAUGCUCGGAGAUAGACACUGUGGGGACGGCCCCCUCGUCCCCCAUGUCGGUCACCAUGGAGCACGCCGCCGAUCCGCAUCUGGUCCAGGACAGCCUUCAGCAGCAUCACCACCACCACCACCUCCACCACAGCAACAGCCACAACCAGCCGCAGAGCUUGCCGCUGUCGCCUCAGCAGCAGCAGCCGCUCGCCGGGGCCGGCUGCGCCCCGAGGAGCGCCACCUCCUCGUUCCUAAUCAAAGACAUUUUGGGCGACAGUAAACCGCUGGCCGCCUGCGCCCCUUACAGCACCAGCGUGUCCUCGCCCCAUCACACGCCAAAACCAGAAAGUGCCACGGCUCCGGACGGCUUCAGGCCCAAGUUGGAACAGGACGAGAACCGGGGGAAGUUGGACAAAAGGGACGACAUUCAGAGCGAACUGAAAUGCAACGGGGCUAAAGAGGAAGGCGACCGGGAAAUCUCCAGUAGCAGAGACAGUCCCCCGAUGCGCACGAAAAAGCCCCGCAAAGCACGGACCGCCUUCACCGACCACCAGCUCAACCAGCUGGAGAGGAGCUUCGAGCGACAGAAAUACCUCAGCGUGCAGGACCGCAUGGACCUGGCCGCGGCUCUCAACCUGACCGACACGCAGGUCAAGACGUGGUACCAAAACAGACGGACGAAGUGGAAGAGGCAAACGGCGGUCGGAUUAGAGCUGCUGGCGGAAGCAGGAAACUACUCGGCCUUACAGAGAAUGUUCCCGUCUCCAUAUUUCUACCACCCGAGCCUGCUGGGCACCGUGGACAGCACGACGGCGGCCGCGGCGGCCGCAGCCAUGUACAGCAGCAUGUACCGGACUCCUACUGCGCCGCAUCCCGGCCUCCAGAGACCUCUGGUCCCGAGGGUGCUCAUUCACGGCCUCGGGCCGGGGGGGCAACCGGCGCUCAACCCGCUGUCUAACCCCAUGUCCGGCUUGCCGCAUCCGCGAUAG